AUGGCUUUCACAAUGCAUUCGCACUCGGGGCAGUUCUGCCCCGGCCAUGCCAAGGACCAGCUCGAGGACAUCGUCCAGCACGCUAUUCGCAUUGGCUACAAGACCAUGGGCCUGACUGAGCACAUGCCCCGGACUGAGCUGUCGGACCUGUACCCCGAGGAACUUGAGUCUGAUCCGCACGCCUCCCUCGCCGAGCUCGCGCCGCGCCACAGCUCGUACCUGGUCGAAGCGCAGCGGCUGCAGAAAAAAUACGCCGACCAGAUCCACAUCCUCAUCGGCAUCGAGGGCGAGUGGAUCCGCCCGGCCUACGGCGACAUCGUCAAGGCCCAUACCGAGCCCGCCUGCAUCGAUUACUUCCUAGGCUCGGUCCACCACACGGCCGGCGUGCCCAUCGACUUCGACAAGGUCCACUAUGCCCGCGCCCGGGACGCCGCCGGCGGCUCCGAGGAGCUGCUCUACGAGAAGUACUACGACGAGCAGCUCGAAAUGCUGCGCACCCUCAAGCCCCGUGUCGUCGCCCACUUUGACCUCAUCCGCCUGCUGAGCGAUGAGCCCGCCCGCCCCCUCCAGGCCUGGGCUGGCGGCCGCGUCUGGGACAAGGUUGUGCGCAACCUCGAGUUCGUUGCUAGCUACGGUGGCUGGCUCGAGUGCAAUACCAGCGCCCUGCGCAAGGGGCUCGACGAGCCCUACCCAGCUAGGCCCAUCGCAGAGGAGUGGCUGAGAGCCGGAGGCAAGUUUACCUUCUCCGACGACAGCCACGGCAUUGCCCAGGUUGCCACCAACUACGCCCGCGGCCUCGACUAUCUCGAGAGCCUCGGCGUAAAGGAGGUAUGGACGCUAGAGCGGGCCCCCCACCCCGGUACUUCGGGCGAGGUCAAGGCGGCACUCACGAAAAAGAGCGUCCCCAUUGCUGAGUUCCGCGCGAGCUUGCGCUUGGAGUAG